CCCGACUCUUCUCCUGGGCAGCCACCGAGCCUGGAAUGGGUAAUGGACGGGUGGCGGAAGUGGGUUUGACGCGGGCAGAGGCCGAGCCCAGCCUCCACGGACACGCUUUGCCGGAGGACAAGAGGAAUAUGCUCAACUCCCUGAUGUCGGGGGCGCUUGCUGGCGCCGUGGCCAAAACGGCUGUGGCUCCCUUAGACAGGACGAAAAUCAUAUUCCAAGUGUCGUCGACUAGGUUUUCUGCCAAGGAGGCUUACCGGCUGAUCUACCGCACCUACCUCAACGACGGCUUCUUCAGCCUGUGGCGUGGGAACUCCGCCACCAUGGUCCGUGUGAUCCCCUACGCCGCCAUCCAGUUCUGCGCACACGAGGAAUACAAGCAGCUCCUGGGCAGCUACUACGGCUUCCAGGGAAAGGCCUUGACGCCGCUGCCCCGGUUCCUCGCUGGCUCUCUCGCGGGCACGACGGCAGCCAUGUUGACGUACCCUCUGGACUUGGUCCGCGCACGGAUGGCCGUGACGCCCAAGGAGAUGUACAGCAACAUCAUCCAUGUCUUCAUCCGGAUAUCCCGCGAUGAAGGGCUGAAGACCCUGUACAGAGGCUUCGCGCCCACGAUCCUGGGGGUCAUCCCCUACGCCGGGCUGAGCUUCUUCACGUACGAGACGCUGAAGAAGUUGCACGCAGAUCGCAGCGGGCGAACGGAGCCGUAUCCCGUGGAGCGGCUCGUCUUCGGGGCCUGCGCCGGCCUGAUUGGGCAGUCGGCCUCCUACCCGCUGGACGUGGUGCGGCGGCGGAUGCAGACGGCGGGGGUGACGGGGCACACCUACACGUCCAUCCUCCGCACCAUGUCGGAGAUCAUUCGGGAGGAGGGACUCGUCCGGGGCUUGUACAAAGGCCUCAGCAUGAACUGGGUCAAGGGACCCAUCGCCGUGGGGAUCAGUUUCACGACCUUCGACCUGACACAGAUCCUCCUCCGCAGAUGGCAGGGCAGCGUGGAGAGGUAGUGGCCGGCGGUCGCUCAACUUGCUCGCCGAUGGGAGAGUGACAAGGGCCGGCAAAGAGAAUCUUCCGUGUAUGUUCCCGCCCCACGCACAUACCCACAUGCAUACCCAGGCAACGUCCUGAAUGGCCUAGAGGAUCGAUUCGGGGGAGACCCCCCCACACGUCUAACUGUGACUGGCCGUUCCUUGUUUUUGUGCGACGGGUCAGCAAAGGAACGCCUUUGUGGCUCUCGCCAGGAAGUGCCAGAGGUUAAGUCCCACUGCUGGCGAAGACGGGCUGACCUUUCCCGGCUCCGUCACAAACCCGGAGGCAGGAACUCUCCCCUCUCGCCCCUUCUCAAUAACGCCGCAGUGUUUUUGACCACAUCUUGCCAAAUUGCAGACGCUCCCCCUCAGUUCCGUUCCACGCCUGCCUGUUCAGUUGUUUGGGACUUUCUCCGGAAUCUGAGCGACGUGUGGGCUUGCCUCGCGCCUGUUCCGGUCUCUCUCAUUUCUUCCUCUCUCACACAGCGGUCCGUUUUGUUCCCUAGAUUGGAGGGUGAACUGGAUGGAAGCCGGUAACUGUUCCGUAUUGCACGCAAACCGCCCUCCGCCUCCUGGGAGGGACGCCAAGUCUCGACUUUCUCUUCUCACGAUCCAGGAAGCGCCUGGUUCUGAAACUGGAUUUGAAAUAAGUAGCGUUUACGUUUGGUUUUUUUUCCGGAGCAGUGUUUUAUUAUUAUAAUAAUUAUUAUUAUUAUCGUUCUUUUGGAAAGUACAGUAUUUGAAAUGUUGGGUGCUUGUCGGGUGAGCUUUCUUGGCAUGCCGUGUUAAGGAGAGGGCCUGGCCAUUUAGAAAGGGAGUCCGUUCACUCCCCCCCCCCGCUUCAGGAUUAUCACCGUGUUCAAGCUACCGAGGAGGGAGACCCAGCUUCUCAGUGGCAGGAGGGCCAAGUGCCCGAGGUGCAAAUGAUUCCACUUGAGUAGCGGCAAUGUGGAACUAUGGCAAGCGUCCCAAAGUGCUUACAGUCGGAACAACAGUCCGGGGAUAGAGCAUACGGUGGCUGCAGGAGAUGCACUCGUAUGUGCGUAGGCUUGGAUGUGUGUUCAGUUUUUGCAAGCGAGCGUUGACUUUCCCAGGCUCCACCUGGCUUUCUGUGCCUGCCCGCCCCAAACCUCAGCAUCUGGGCCACGGUCAGGUUGCGGCAAGGCUGGGUAGCCGCCAAAGGUGCCGUGCUGCCCCCUGAUCUUAACGGAGAGGCACGCUUUCAGGAUUCCCUCGGGGAAUGGCAGCUGCUCCCAGGAGCCUCUGGGCCGGUCGCCCGUUUCCCAUGGGAGGGCAGCCAGUGGAGCCAGGGGGGGCCGAAAGGUGUACGGGACAGUGGGGCUCCCCCGCCGCCCGUUUCCGGCACUUCUGCCGAGAGAGGAGACCCCUCUAAAUCCGGCGGUGGUCCUGGCCGGCCCGCCCCUUGCACCCAGCUUCUCAGCAGCAGGGCCCCGAGUGCAGAUGAGUUUCCAUUCCAGAUCGACCUGGAGGCGUAAGGAGGGUCUGGCUCAGCUCUUGGACUGGGACUUGGCGUUUCGGCUGGCUCCCCACCCCCCCAGUCGCUGUUCUUGGUGGCGCCCAGUAAUCUGAAAUUUACGGCUGCCAUCUCCUCUGGGGUUGGCUUUCCCCACACUAGCUUUGACCAGCAGGCGCCGGCGUGGGGCAGGAGACCGUUUCUCCCGGCUAGACUGCCGUUUCCGAGAGAAGCUCCGCGAUCCGCCAGAGUCUCCAGGCCUUGGCACCUGCAUCUAGCCUGCUCUCAACUCGCUGCGCGGCGUUGGUUCUUUCUGCCCGUCUUUUGCACUGUGCCACUUUUAAAACGUUACAAGACAAAUGUGGACAAACACGACCCAAUCAGAGAACAAGUAUAAAGAAAACAGUCGUGAGAGU